AUGCAGUCUGUUGAUCGUUCAAAGUUUGCUCCUCUCAAGAAUGACUUGAUUUUAAGAGCUGCGAGGGGAGAAGCAGUAGAGAGGCCACCAUGCUGGAUUAUGAGGCAGGCGGGUCGCUAUUUGCCUGAAUACCAUAAGGUUAAGGAUGGUAGAGACUUUUUUGAGACUUGUCAUGAUGCAGAGAUUGCUUCAGAGAUUACUAUUCAACCUGUAAAACGGUAUGCCGGUUUGCUUGAUGCUGCGAUUAUCUUUUCGGAUAUUCUUGUGAUUCCUCAGGCGCUGGGGAUGCGAGUGGAGAUGUUGGAAGGCAAAGGUCCGCAUUUUCCUGAUCCGCUGCGGACACCAGAGCAAUUGGAAACUGUACUACAGUACAAGGUGGAUGUUCUCAAAGAAUUGGACUGGGCGUUCAAAGCAAUAACGAUGACUAGAAUCAAGUUGGCUGGUCAGGUUCCACUAUUUGGGUUUUGUGGUGCGCCGUGGACCCUACUUGUAUAUAUGACAGAAGGUGGCGGGUCUCGGCUAUUUAGAUUUGCCAAAGAAUGGAUUAACAAGCGUGCUGACUUGUCUCACACGUUGUUGCAAAAAAUCACCAAUAUAGCUGUCGAGUUUUUGGCCCAACAAGUUGUAGCAGGCUGCCAAAUUUUGCAAGUUUUUGAAAGCUGGGGGGGUGAAUUGAGUCCUGCUGAUUUUGACGAAUUCUCACUACCAUACUUGAAACAAAUUGCUGCCAGGGUCCCUGAAAGAUUGAAGGAAUUGGGUAUUACUGAACAUGUACCAAUGACAGUUUUUGCCAAGGGAUCUUGGUACGCACUGGACAAGUUGUGCAGUGCUGGCUAUAAUACUGUUUCUUUGGACUGGUUAUGGAACCCAGCUGAUGCCGUAAAAGUUAACAAUGGUAGGGUUGUUUUACAAGGUAACCUCGAUCCAGGCGUUAUUUAUGGUACUAAGGAAGUAAUAACAAAGAAAGUGGAAUUCAUGAUUAAGGAAUUUGGCGGCGGUAAGAAGAAUUACAUUGUGAACUUCGGUCAUGGUACGCAUCCUUUCAUGGAUCCUGAGAAGGUCAGGUAUUUCUUGGAAGAGUGCCACAGAGUUGGUAGUGCCCAAUAG